AUGGGCCUUGAAGCAACACGAGGGGCAGACAUUGAGGCCUCCUCCUCUGCUUCUCCUUCCUUGGAGGCUCCAGCGCAAGCUCGUCCAGGUCCCUCUGAUUCUCCCGGCGGCGUUGAGUCUUCAUCUUUCUAUUGUCUGUCCUAUCUCCGCCGUGUGCCAGGUGGUGCUAUUGGUGGAGGAGGAUUUUCUACUUGUGGAGUUGGUGCCAGUGAAGCUGCAGCAGUUCCUAAGGAGGACGAAAGAAGACUAAUAACUUCAUUAGGCAGCCCAAGUUAA